AUGAGGGGCUGUGGGGCGCGUUUCUUGCUGGGGCGUGCGUUUCUGGCUAGGGGCACGCGUUUUGACUGGGGUGCACGCUCUGGCUGGGGCGCACACUCUGGCUGGGGCGCGCGCUCUGGUGGAGUGGCGCGCUGCACUGCUAGGGUCACGCGCUGCUCUGCUGGGGUGCGCGCUGCUUUGCUUGGUGGCAAGCGCUGCUUUGCCGGCGCACACGCUGCUCUGCUGGUUGGCGCGUGCUAUUAUGCUGGGGUGGGCGCUGCUCUGCAGGGUGGCGUGCACUGCUCUGCAAGGCCGCGCGCUGCUCUGCUGAGUCGCGCGUGCUACUCUGCUGAUGCACACGCUGCUAUGUAG